AAGACGGUCACUUUCCAAAACUUUUCCUCUGUGGCCACGCUGGCUUUGCUGCGACGUAAGUUCAGCAAGGCUACGUAUCAAAGGUGCUGGAACAUGUGAGGUAGAGGUACGAAACUGGCAACAUGUUGAAGAGUUUGGGUAGUGCGGCUGCCACAGCCAAAUCCAUGCUGGGUUUGAGGAUGGGCUUCAGUCUCUCGCAAAAGGACACGGAGGAAGAUUUGAAGGCUACAAAGCAGGCUAGCAAGCAGACCAGCUGUACUUCGGGCCAUUCCUUGGGACUGAAAGCGACGAGCGAUGAGGUCAGCAGCAGGCGGCUUCUGGAGGAAUACUCUGUUGGUGAAGCUCUAGGCGAAGGAGCCUUCGGUGUCGUUUAUGCUUGCACCCACAGAAAAAGUGGCCGUCAGGUGGCUGUAAAGAUGGUGGACAAGGUGGAAACGCCUUCAGAGGUGAUUCGCCGAGAGGCAGAGCUCAUGAAGACACUCCACCACGAGAACAUCGUCCGCUUCCACGCAGUCUACUUUGAAAGGUGCUUCGUUUGCAUCGUCAUGGACAAGUACUCUGGAGGAGACUUGGUUGACGGCAUGCAAACUCACCUGCAGGAGCGUGGCAAGAUCAAUGCCAGAGAUAUCAUUCAUGUGAGCUACCAGAUGGUCGCAUCCAUCCAGUAUCUUCAUGGCAAGCACAUCGUACACCGGGACAUCAAGGGCGACAAUUUUCUGCUGACGAUCCGGGAUUUCAGAGAUCCGCAGUGCCAUGUUGCCCUCAGCGACUUUGGUACAGCAGAGGCGCUGCGUGACGGUCGUCGAUUGAGCUCUGAGGUGGGCACCAGGAUUUUUUGGGCACCCGAGAUUUUCGCGAAGGACUAUGGCCUCAAGGUGGACAUUUGGGCCCUUGGCAUCAUCAUGUAUGGCCUCCUGGAUGGCCGAUUUCCGUUUAAGGAUGAAACUGAAAUAAAGAUCAAGGAGCCCAAGUUUCCAAGGAGGUUGGAGCCUCUUUGCCAAGAUUUCAUCAGCAGCAUGUUGCACAAAGAUGAGAAGCAACGUGCCUCUGCAGAUGACGUCAUCGUCCAUGGCUGGUUGCAUCAGACGGACGACGGCAUCACGCCAAAGCAGAGGAGUGACUCCAAAGAAGGUGACUCGGACCGUCGGGAGUACUCUGGCGGAGAUGUUGAAACAUGA